AUGAAGCGGACUGCCUCAACCUCCUGUGAAAGCCCACUGGGGCGGGAUCGUGCUACACCUGCGAUAAACUCGCACACUUUAGCCAAUCUUCCCUUCGGCGACUAUGCUGCAAUAUAUCUCGAUCAUAUGGGAGAGCUGAAUAUCGUCGAGUCUGCUUCUAUCCGGCAACAUCGUUCAACUCUUUUCACUCCUAAUGUCUGCUGGAAAUUUCUGGAGAUCCUUAGUGAGGAACCUGAAAUCACAAUGCUCGAUGCGUCAACCCGCCACGUGAGGCGCCGCCUGGGAGGUGUCGAUUCCGAGAGCGGCGACUGCUCUGGGAAUAAUUCCGGCCUGAUGCUUUCACUCUGUGUUGGGGAUACCGAGAAGGUGACGGAUUACUAUAAGGGUGCCUUCGAGGUCUUCUUACAAGAUAAUUGCAACGUGGUCCUAAACGCAUUCAUCAAAUUCAUUCAACCUCACAAACGGGACCAACACCCGUAUAACGGCGGCAAGGCUCCUCGGGGAUCGGCUCCCGGUACCAAAGGCGAUCCUGAAAAGACCAAGCCUGAGUGGUGGCCAAUGAGUGUGGUGCACAAAGCCCCGGAACACCUGGGAAAAGAGUCCCGCAUCAAACUACUGUUACACAUUAUUCGCAAGCUUGGAAACCAGGGCGUCACUGCCGAAAAGCUUAAGGAAGUCGCUGGCCGUAUCAGGGAUCGUUUGCGACCCUUCUCCUAUCUGAACAUUAUAUAUGACAUUUUGUGGGUACGCGAGAUGGAAGAGCGUUUCGAACGGGGUGAAUAUGGUCCUAGCAUAACAAUGAAUGUCAUAAGUCACGAACCCAGACGAAAGGGCGGAGAAGAGCAGUGCCCUGGGAUGACAAGGACGCCAAUGAUCGAAGGAGGAGCCAAGGAGCAAGGGCCGAUAGCUCCCACGUCAGCCGUCGAGCAAUCAGAUCACACAAUUCUGCACGCUGACAGCAAUGGCUCGGGCAAUGACAAAAUGACUCCCAUACGUCUUGCAGACACACAAAUGGUUAUCAAAUAUUACAAGGGUGCAUUCGAGCAAUUCCAGCAACGCAACUGCUGCACGGUUGCCAAGGCAUUCAUCAAAUUCAUCGAGCCUCACAAGCAGGUCCAACACCCGUACAGCGGUGGAAAGCCCCCGCCAGGCUCGGCUCAAGCCACAGGCGACCCAGAGGAAACCAAGCCCGAGUGGUGGCCCGAAGGUGUCAUACACAAAGAGCCAGACCACCUGAUCAAGGAUUAUCGCAUCAAGCUUCUGCUGCAUAUUAUCCGCAAUCUUGGAAACCGGGGAAUCACUGCUGAGAAUCUAAAGGUCAUCGCUGGCGAUAUCCAGCGGAGUGUGAAGCCACAAUUUUAUGUGGAGAUCCUCUAUGAAAUUCUUCACGUGCGCAAGAUAGAGGAGCGCUAUGAGAGGGGUGAAAUUGGUGUGAAUACUGUUGUCUACGUCAAGUACGGCGGGGAGAACGGUGGUGAGACCAGUGCCGAUAGGAAAGUAGUAACACCAAAUCUAGGUGAGGCGAUCAACAAGAACGUACCAAUAACUUCGACGUCAACUAAUGAGCAAGCGGUCACAGCUAUUUCGACUUUGCCAUCCUACCCCCUUCAGCGAAGCUUUCCCACCGUCUGGUUACAGCCUGGAUACAUUCCAGGCGAAGUCUUGGAUUCUACUCUUUUCUGGUCUUCGUCGGAUCAACUUCAAACCGCCCGGGUCCCAUAG